UAGUUUACAAUUGUUUAUAAUUAAACAGCAUUAUUAGUGCAUUUGUUUACCUUCUUUCGACGCACCUUGUGUUUGUUAAUUGGUCCUAGUAAAAAUUACGAUCGACCAAGUGACAGCUGCUCUACUUGACAAUUGUCACUGUUUUGUUAUUGUGCUGAACGAAGGCGGGGAGAAUUUUAGAGUGAUAAGCAACAGCUUUCACGACUUUAUUGAGUGACGAACCGAUUAAUUUUUUUUAUGGAAGCAAAGCGAGAAGUCAAAAUGGCAGACGACAAAAACGAUGAUACGCCGGGGCGGGAUUCCGAAAGUAAAUCGAAUCCAGCGGAGGAGAGAUCGCGAUACUUCAAAAAGUUGGAAGAAUGGCUCCAGGAGGCAUACGCCUGGCAAAGUGUCGCAGCAAUGUUUCCCUAUUACAUGAUGUCAGGGCAAUCCGUUACGAAUCCAACAUUUGCUUCAAUGCCGUUCCAACCAAAUCAAAUACCAACACCGUCGAAUAUACAAGGAAUAAUAACUGGAAACGUAGAUAGACAGAAUGAGACAGUAAGGCAAAGGAGGCCUCAGGAACAACCCACAGGACCUUUCCAACCUCCAGGAACUGAUGGUUAUGAGUAUCGGAUUCCCCCGAUUUGGAAGAGGUUCGCAGCAGAAUUUAUAGAUUCAACAAUGCUAUUUCUCUUAAAGUUUUCCAUCACUUUCAUCGCAAUCGACGUCUUCGAUUUUAUAGACAUUGAAGACUUAGAUUUGUUGCAAACAAAUUUACGUAUUGAUUAUAAAAUGGCUCUGGAGAUGACUUAUGGAAUUCUGAUUUUGGAAGUAAUUCAUCGCGUGAUAGUUUGUAUCUUUGAGGCCUUUUGGCUUCAACAUGGAGUGUACGGUCUUAUCGGAGGAGCCACUCCUGGCAAGUACAUGAUGGGUUUACGGGUAGUUCAGUGCCGAAGUAUAACUCCCGUUGAACGUCCGAAUGAGCAGGACGUGGUGCUGGUGAGCCCUGGGACUGAUCUGGGCCUGCCAUUAGCAUUGGGUCGAUCAAUGGUGAAGAAUUUCGUGCUGGCAUUCAUAUUUCCGAUUUGUUUUUCCCUGUUCUUCUUUAGGUUCAACAGAACUGGCUACGAUUUGAUCUGUCACUCCCUCGUCAUAGAGGAUCCCUACAGAAAUAACAAUCGGCCACACCAGGAGUAAUCUAAUGGUGCAUGGAAAUCUCUGUGAUGUGUACAUAAUGGCUGUAUGUGCUUCUUGUACCAAAUGCAUGCGGGUCAUGUGUAUGGCGUGUAUAUACGUGUAAAAAAAAAAAAAUAAAAAUGAUUGC